CAGGGAGGAGGGAGGGGAAUGGAUCUGUUCUGUGUGAGUCGCCGUAGCUCCCUCAGCCUGCUCCUUACCACCUGUCCUUGACUUACUGUGCACAAACAAGACUGGGAGGAAGCUGUGCUGUUCACUCCUCCUCUGGCAGCAUUUCAUCUGUGUUUGUGUGAGCAGCUGCAUUUUUCAGAUCUUUCUUUGUGUGUGUAGCUGUUUCUCUCUAACCUGUGGUGCUUGAGUGAAGUGGCGAAGAGGAACGUUUGUCCUCGGACGGUGGAGCUCUGAUGGGAGGCAGUACUGGCUCUAGUUGGGACUGGGGAUGCUGAACGGUGGGAGGGAGGGCCUGUUUGAGCUGGGACAGCAGCUCCAGCAGCAGGGGGAGUACCAGGCUGCCCUGCACUGCUUCCUCAGCUGCCUGUUGGGACUGACCCAUGUGCAGAGCUUCACCUCUCUGCCCAACUGCCUACACCAGAUUGCAGAGCUCUUCAUCACUGAAAAGAAUUAUGGGAAGGCCCUCCAGUUCAUUCAGGCUGAAAAAAUGUUCUAUGAGGUGGCUCUGAUCGAACUCACAGCUCUUCAGGGGAGCACAGGGCCUCAGGAGGAGGCUACGUUAGGCUCUGCAGGAUGGACGACCCCAGAGGAGCUUUCGGAGCAGGCCUCCCAGGCUCAGCACCUCGAACGGCUGGCCCAACUCUGCAUCAUGAGCAAACAACCUCAUCUUGCUCUAGAAUACAGCGGUAAGGCUACUAAAAUCCACCAGAGGGCCUUUGGAAAUGACCAUCCCAUCACAGCCAGAAGCCUGGAGCUUAUGGCCACUGUCUAUGCUGAGAUAGGAAAAACUGAAUAUUCAGACUCUCUGGGACAGUGUGUGUCUGCGUUGUCCAAACGAUUCGCUGCUGCAGAGUCCAUCAGAGACACCGUCAACUGUCUUCCACAUUACCAUCGGGACAAACACUCAGAGGUCCGCCACAGAAAAGACACCCAUCACCAACAACAGGAGGACACGCCUAAACCUAAGGUAUCCUAUGGGAAAGUUCCCACUUCCAUUCUAAAACGGCCAAGUCCCAUCUACGGGUCAGACACAGAACCCAACCACAGACGAAAAAGCGAACGGAGGGUUCGAUUCAGGGAGCCAGAGACCACAGUACAUGACAUUCCUUACUGUGACUGUUUAGGUGCCUAUGAGACGACACCUUCCCGCCCCCACCUCGCCCUGUUCACCUGCCUCUUCCUGCUGAUGUCAUUUCUGGGAGUGGCCAUGUACUGCACAGACCGCCGGCGCCCACAACGAGUGUGCGAGGAGUUGGAGGCCGCUCUGGCCGUCUACCUGCUGCACAUGAAACAGCUUCUGUGGGGCUGUUGGAUAUGGCUGACCAUGCAAUGACUGGGACCAACCACAGGUGGAGAUAUGGAGCCUCCUUUAUUUUUUUCAGACCCCUCUUGUCCUAUCUUUGAAGGUGCCCAGGCCUACAAACACCUCAGCCAUAUGACGAGGCUCUGUACACUGUCUGUGGUAAUGAACCACUCUCACAGUGAUCAAGGGAAAAAUGAGUAAUCCCAGAAAAAUGUAGCUUCCGUGUCUGUAUGUAUAUAUGUAUUAAGGUAGUGGGCAUGCCACUCCUUAUUUAAGUUGUAAUGUCAUUUUGCACAUUUGCAAUGCUCACAAAUAAUACUCACAUAAUCACCUCAACCAUUUGAUUUUUCACUUUAUGUCAGUCUAUUAUGUGGGUAAAUGUUUCCAUGGAAUGCAAAUAUUUGUUUUGCUGCGGUACAUGGUUUCUGUAUAUCGGAUAUUACACAGAAGUGAAUGUGUAUUUAUGGUUCAAUAUACUAAGGACUAUCACACUAUUCAGCCUUGCAAUUGCACAUAAAUGAAUGUAGAGAUGUUUGGAAACAGCUUUGACUGGCACAUACACCCGGGUCAGAGGACGGAAGCACAAAUGUGUAAACUGUUUAGUUGUGAUCCAUGAGAAAGAAACAUGGCAGCGUGUCACUUGACACCAUCAUGUUGAGUGAAGAACUGAGGAAACACACGUCUUUCUUCACAGACUUUAUAUGUCUGGUCCUGUGUAUGGCUGACAGUCUUCAGAUGGUCCCUGGUUCCACUGAAGAAGAAAUCUGCAGCACAAUACUCGUACAAAUCCUCUCUUUAUGUAUCAUCGAAGAGAAUAUACUCGAACUGAAUGAAUGCUAAUGCUUUUGACAGUGUUCCUCUUUAUAACUGAUACUAUCCCACAAAAUACCAUCCAACCUAAAUGUUAUUUAUUCUUCUAUACAGUAUAUCUGCAUCUACACAAAUGUCCGACUUUUCAUUAAAUUUAAUUUUAUUUUUGUUACUUUUUUUGUUACUGUUGCAUUUCUAUUUAAGAAACAGUAAUAUUCAGGUUUUAAUCGUGAUGUCAGAUCUUCAUCGCCUUUUUGGAAAACUGUAAGGACGUUUGUGGACUAACACAACCCAUUAAAAAAGUAAGUGUAUGCUCUUUACAUUAAGUUCAUUGCUAUUGCUAUGAGGCCAAAAAGAAAUAUAAGAGAACCAGAUAGUGUAUGGAAUCAGUAGGACUCCCUUUAUCAAAUCAAGCAAAUAAAUUUCAAGCAGCCAAAACACCACACAAAUGGACACAGUGAUGCACACCCCAGACCUCUUAUCAUGAGCAAUAACACACACCACAUAAUUUCCAGUAAAACAUUGUCCUUUAUGUAACAUUUUUCAGGGAAAUCAAUAGAAAGCGUUGGAUUUUGGAGGUCUCACAUUUGAAUGUCAAAGCAAUAUGAGGCUAAUAUAGAAGAGAAACUCUUGACUCUGUACUGUCAAACUAAAUUGUCAUUAGCAAUAAAACAAUACCUAGUGAACUCAUGUCCUUUAUAUGCACAUUUAGUGUAGCAACUGCAUUUCACAGCUGUCCAAACAUUUAUGGUCACUUUGAAAGAAGUGCCUUUAUGGAAGGUUUUCUUAGUUCUUACCGUUUUAUGAUUUAAAUUGUUUUGAAUAAAACUGUCAUUGCCUAUCAAA